UGGCAAAGCAUUGAAUCAUAGGUUUUGUAUUCAUUGACCACUCAUUGAGUGAUUGAAUACCCAUUGAAACGAUUAGUUAUAAAAGCGUUUGCGACGAAAUCAUCUCAAAUCUAGCGUUCAAUCGAUUGGUUGUCAAGUGAAUCAGUGAUCGGAUCCGUUGGUGAUGUCUGGCAUAGCAUUGGGACGUCUGGCGGAGGAGAGGAAGUCGUGGCGGAAGGACCACCCGUUCGGGUUCAUCGCAAAGCCCACCAAAAACCCGGACGAGAGUCUGAAUCUGAUGAACUGGGAGUGUGCCAUACCUGGCAAGAAGGGCACGCACUGGGAGGGAGGCCUCUAUAAGCUGCGGAUGAUCUUCAAAGACGACUACCCGUCCAGUCCUCCGAAGUGUAAGUUUGAACCGCCGCUCUUCCACCCAAACGUGUAUCCGUCGGGAACGGUGUGUCUGUCGCUGUUGGACGAGGAGAAGGACUGGCGUCCGGCCAUAACCAUCAAACAGAUUCUGGUGGGCAUUCAGGACCUGUUGAAUGAGCCCAACAUCAAAGACCCGGCUCAGGCCGAGGCCUAUACUAUCUAUUGCCAGAAUCGGUCCGAAUAUGACAAGCGAGUCAAGGCUCAGGCGAAGGCUAUGGCCUCUCAAGACUGACCAUUCAUUUGGUUCAUUGCACUCUAUUUAAGUCCGAAUCACUCUUUGAUUUCAUUUCCAUUUAAUCCGAAAAUGUCUUCAUUUUUAUGUCUUUUGUUACAAUAAUUGCCUUUUUUAAUGAAAAACUCAUUGAUAUCUCGAUUAAAAAUUAAAUUUAAUUUGUA